UCUUAUAAAUAUUCAGCGUCGCGUUACUCCUCGCAAUCACAAUAUCUUUGCAAUAAUCGUCCAAAACUCUCCCACACUCUUCAUCAGCUUCCUUAAAAGUGUCUAAAAUCCAAAACGAGAAAAUCGCAAAUGUUAUACCUAAUUAACUGCAAAAACCGACUAAAAAUCAAAUCCAGCGCUCGAUAAAAGCAGAGAAUACCCGCGAGUAUAUUAUAUCCUUAAUUCGCGAGUCUGCGGCAAGAUAGCGGUGCCGUCGCAAUGUUUUCGCGUCGCCGCGCUAUCAGCGCGCAGACAUCGUCGAGUCUCUCGCUCGCGUGGAAUUUCGCCCUCGUCGAGAGAGAGAGAGAGAGAGAGAGAGAGAGAGAGAGAGAGAGAGAGAGAGACAGCAACAAAACCGCGAUCAGCAUCGCGCCGUGCUACAGUUUGGCAUAUACAUACAUAUAUAUGUAUACACGUAAGGAAGGGUAUAUAUGCAGGCUGUAGAGUAGGGAUUCGCACGCACACACGGACGCAACCUGCUCGCGCAGGUAUGCGCGCGCGGCUUUUUUCCACCCCCGAGUUUGCUGCUGCUGCCGUUGGAGGAGAGAAGAGAGAGAUACUGUUGUGUCGCGGGGCUCAGUGGCCUGGCUCUCGGUCGCGUCGCGCGCGCUCUUAUCGCGCGCCAGCAGCUCGCGCUCCUAACCUCAAAACUCGCGAGAGAGUUGUUCUUUUACGUGCCGAGUGCAUCCAGUGUGCUGUGCGAGAGUCUUCUCCUAUAUAUACUUUGUGACGCGGUCAGUGAAGUUCGAUCCGAAGAAGCGGAGUUUUUUCUCAUUAUUCCCGACGGUAGAGUGCGCGGAUCCAGCUGUCGAGGAGGACGUCGUCGUCGUCAUAGUCGGUGGAUCACCAUACCCAGUGGCAACUAAGACGCAUGUGACGCGUAGAAAAAUUCAUCGAGGGUGGUAAAUGCAGUGGAUGGCGGAUGUUCAAGCAAGCAAGGAUGUCCGGCGAUCACCCUCCCACAAAUUCCCGCCUGAACACAACAGCUAAAGCCUCCAGCGAGUCGUCGCAAGGACCUCAAGACAAUAAAGCCAAUCGGGAACAAGACACAGAAGAGCCUUGCCGCUGAUGUAGUGCUAUACUCGACAGUUAUUGCUUAAUAAUAUUAAGAAAAAAAGCACGUUUCCAUCUCGCGUUCUUGUGCUGCUGCGGCUGGUGUGUUUUAUUAAUUGCGAAGGCGAAGGUCAGCCCCGACGCGGAGGACAGCACUUCCGGCAUAAACAUCUCGUUCGGCGAAACGCUUCUCUGUGAGAGAGAGAAAGAGAUAGAGCUCGACGAGGGGCAUAUGGCCCUGGACCAUGCUACCAUUUACAAUAUGCACCACACGAAUCAAUUAGAAGACGUGGGGUAUAGGAGCGUCGAGAUCACGUCCGCCUUCGCGCAUCUGCCGCAGAAAGACAUGGCCAGGGACACGCCGGGCUCGCCGAUGUCGAGGUCGGCGGUUCGCGAGCAGCUGGCCGCCGGUGCCGCCGCUGCCACCCUCACCUCCGGCGCUUAUCACGCCGCGGCCGAACACGCGGCCGUCACGCUGCACGGGAACGCCUUGCAGCAGAAGAUUCUCGAGCUACAGCAGCAGCACCAGCUUCAACAGCAGAUCCUAAGGCAGCAGUACCAGGCGCAGGAACGACAACUCGCCGAACUUCACGAGCAGCAGAUGCACCAGUUGAAGCUGUGGGAGCAGCAGAAGCAGCUCGAGGAGCAGCGGAGGGAAAAGGAACGACUGGAGGCCCUCAGGAAGAAGGACAAGCAUGACCACAGUGCUGUCGCCUCGACGGAGGUCAAGCAACGCCUUCAAAGCUUUCUGGUGAACAAGAAGCAGAGGGAGGCCGCGGCAGCGGCGAACGGAGCAGUGCCCGGCACACCCGGAUACAGGACCUGGUUGCAGUCGCAGUCGGACUCGUCGAGCUCGACGACCGCCUCUCACCCCUACCGAAUGCCGCAGAUCCUGCAAGAGAAAUUCGGCGACGAUUUUCCACUGAGGAAGACAGCCUCGGAGCCGAAUAUGCUGAAGGUGCGACUUAAACAACGUGUCAUGGAGAGGAACAUGGCGGCCUCGAGAAACUCACCCCUAAUGGCACGGCGGAAGGACCGACUACUGUCGCACCUCAAGCGGAGGUCACUCCUAGCAAAUUCUGGUAGUAAUCCGGAAUCCGGGCCUAACUCACCGCCAACGGUGGGCAACUCGCAGUCGUCGCCGACGGCGGCCGGAGGCAGUGGAGGCGGCGGCUCGAGUACGCCGAUCCAGGAGGAGAGCGAAGCCGCAGCCUACGGUGGUCAGCUCAGCAGUGCCAGCCAACAGGGCAGUCUCUCCGACCUGUCCCUCUUCAGCUCGCCGUCCAUGCCCAACAUCUCCCUGGGCAGACCCCAUGUACCGUCUAGCUCCACGAGCGGUUCGAAGCUGGCCACAGUCUCCGAAGCCGAGGUACGAGCAGCGUUCACCGCGCGUCUGGGCAUGCCGUUGACCGGCCAGAUGCUUCCGGGUACGCUGCCGUUCUACCCCUCGCUGACGGUGAUCGACGGCGAGCCAACCUACAUGCACAAGCAGAUGCAGAGCCUCGAACAGGCGACAACCGCCAGUAGUCCAACCAGCAGUAGGCAGCAUCCGAUCUAUCAUCCUACGCCCAUAACCGACACCCAGGUCGCACACGCGAGGCUUCAUAAGGCUGGCCACCGGCCUCUAGGUAGUAGGACACAGUCGGCACCUUUACCUCUGGGCCACCCAAUGCUGCAGGGCGGUUUGAUGGCUCCGCCGACGACGACCCACUACGAGGACUACCUCGCAGAGAAGCAGUUGCACGAGCAACAGCAGACGCACAAUUACCUCAAGCAGCAAAUUCGACAGACAGUCCUUACGCGGGUUGGCUCGCGCAGCGGACAAAGCGCAGGACAAUCCCAACUUCUCGACGAGGCACCCGAGUCCGAGGAGAGCGAGGUGAUCGAUCUCACCGGCAAGAAGGAUAAUUCCGGGACGAGCGGAGGAAGCAGCAGCGCCGGUAGCAGCAGCAUAGAGGAGAGCGAGAUCUCGAAGCAGCAGCGGGACCGCGAACAGUUCCUCCAGCAGCAGCGCGACCUCAUGAUGCGCCAUACUCUGCAGGCUGCGGACACCUCGGCAUACCCAGGCAGGAGCUCGCAGUCGGCUAGGCCGCUUUCGAGGGCGCUCUCCAGUCCUCUGGUUCAUUUGGGACCCCAAGCUGCUGUAGCAGCGACCGACGUGUACUCGAGGAGUCCACGCGAUCAACCGACUACCGGACUAGCCUAUGACCCACUCAUGCUGAAGCACGCGUGUGCUUGCGGCGAAAUGCGCAGCCAUCCUGAGCAUGGUGGUCGACUACAAAGCGUCUGGGCGAGACUUUCCGAGACUGGGCUUCUGCAGCGUUGUGACAGAGUACGCUCACGCAAGGCUACUCUCGAGGAGAUACAAACCUGCCACACUGAGGCCCAUGCCCUCCUUUUCGGCACGAAUCCACUUACGCGCCAUAAGCUGGACAUGUCAAAGAUGCAGCCGAGCUUUGUGCGACUAUCUUGUGGCGGCAUCGGCGUGGACAGCGACACAACGUGGAACGAUAUUCACACAGCGCCAGCGGCACGUAUGGCCGUCGGUUGCGUUAUCGAGCUCGCCUUUAAGGCGGCGAUGGGUGACAUCAAGAACGGCUUCGCGGUUGUCCGGCCACCCGGCCAUCACGCUGAAGCCAAUCUAGCUAUGGGCUUCUGCUUCUUCAACGCCGUCGCUAUUGCGGCAAAACUUCUGCUCCAGAAGCUUGAUCUACGAAAGAUACUUAUUUUGGAUUGGGACGUACAUCACGGAAACGGUACCCAGCAGAUGUUCUACGACGACCCUCGGGUGUUGUACCUGUCGAUCCACAGGCACGACGACGGUAACUUUUUCCCCGGCACAGGCGGUCCCACUGAGUGCGGUGCCGGUGAAGGCAUGGGUCGUAACGUGAACGUUGCCUGGUCGGGCGGUUUGAACCCACCAAUAGGCGAUGCCGAGUACCUCGCGGCCUUCCGCACCAUCGUCAUGCCCAUCGCCAAAGAUUUCGACCCCGAUCUCGUCCUCGUCUCGGCGGGUUUCGAUGCGGCACACGGACACCCAGCACCUCUUGGUGGUUACAAGGUGUCGCCUGCCUGCUUCGGUCGCAUGACCCAGAUGCUCAUGACCCUCGCUGGUGGAAAGGUUGUUCUUGCACUAGAGGGUGGUUACGACCUGACAGCCAUCUGCGACUCCGCGCAGGAGUGCGUCAGGGCGUUGCUUGGAGACGAGCCAACGCCGAUCAGAGAUGAGGAACUCACAAGGGCGCCCUGCCAGAAUGCCAUCGAUACUUUGCAGAAGACCAUUGCUAUUCAAAUGUCACACUGGCCAUGCGUAAAGCACUUGGCGCAUACAGUAGACAUGAGUGCAAUCGAAGCGAGUCAAAAGGAACACGACGAGACUGGGACAGUCUCCGCCAUGGCAUCUCUUUCCAUGCAGCAACAAAACAACCUUGCAAGCACGCCAGAACAUUCCCGCGAAGUGUCGGAAGAACCGAUGGAGCAGGAUGAGGCCAAGUGAAGUGAUCGAGCCCAGGCGUUCCUAUAUCGGAGCGGAAUCUGAGAUUUGUCUAAAACAGAAAAAGACAUAAAAGAGUAUUUGCGAAACUGGAUCUAACGAGUAGAAGACGCACACUCACACAGUCACAGACACGAUAGCUCGACUUCUCGAUGGGUAGUCGACAAAUAAUGGAAAAUGUGUGUCACGACCUGAGGCUAAGAUGAUUUAGGAUAAAGGAUGAAAUUGAGAAACACACAGUCCCAAAGGGCACUAACGAUAAAACUCCAUAGAGCGCACUUGACACUGUGCUGGUAUCGCCGAGAUUCUGGGAGUACGGGGAGAGAAGAGCUUGUAUCUCUACUUGUUGUUCUUGUUGUUGAUGUUCUUCAUGCACACAUGACAAAAAAAAUUUAUAAAACUGAAAAAAUUGAAGCGCAUGCCCGAACUCCGCACUCAAGAGGCUCUUUAUGUCUACUUUUUUACGAGGGUUGCGGAGAAGACACAUUUCGUCUUUCUCUUUUCGUUCGGAAAUUUUGUACAACGCGAAUCCGUCGCCGUUGAUUAACGAAAAUGCGUUCACGCGUGAUGUUUGUGUACAGACACGCAAUUGUGUUCGUUCCUCUUUGUUUUUUGUUAAUACAUAUAUACCGCAACCUGUUUCUUCGAGCUAGUGUCUUUUUAAGAUCGAAAGACAACGAACGACAGUUUAACGUCCAAAAUUUAGACAGGCGACGGGCAUGUGUAUUUGAGCGAAAACUGGGGAAAUAGCACGCUCCGUGUUUCUAAAAAAUGAAAAGAAUUUAUUGUACAUAAUGAGAUAAAAUAUUAUUGAGGAUACUCGUAAGAGCUAUUGAUUUUUUAGAUGAAGCAAUUGGCGUUGACUGAUUAUUUUUUAAAACGUAUAAGCAAAAACUACAUGAUGCUAAGCCGUGCAGACAUUAUUUUGUUAAAUUUAUUUAUAUAUAUAUUUAUAUAUAUAUAUAUAUAUACACGAUCAGUAAAUAUUUGUGACAUGUUGUCGGUUGAAAAGCUGUUAACAUAUAUUAAUCGAUAAAUUAUUGUGCACGACACGUAAUUAGUGCGCUCAUGACGAAGGCGAGAUUCGAUUAGGCGUCCAAGCGUCUAUCUAGGUAAAUUUUAACUGUAUAUUCGUGAAUGUAAAACAUAGAAUUACAGAAAUAAAAAAGACAAUAGGAUUAAAGAUUUUUCGCGAUGAGCCAGCGCUGGUCGCAGGCUUACUUUUAGAUUUUCGUUCAACCGAUAAGGAAAAAAUAAAAAAUGUAUAAAAAAGAAAAAAACAGAUAAUGCGCGUCAUUGCACAACUGCGUUAGCUUUGAAAAAAAGUAAUUGUGGAAGAAUAUAGACGAUGUACGCGCGUGUGAUUCUCGAUAGAAUUUAUUUAGUUUCCUGCUGCGAACAAAAAGGUGGUGCGAUUUUUGUGAUAUUUUGUAAAACUGUUAAGUAAAAACUAUUUUACGCAGAUUUAAAUCGUCGAUGAUAAUGUAAUAUGGAAAUCGUUCAGGGAUAGUGGAUGAUUAGUUUGGAAAUCGAUACGAAAUCUGAAAACAAACACAGAGCAGCUUAGAGCGCGAAAAAGUCUUUUGCGAAAACAAUACAAGCAUUUAUUUUUAUGUAAUGCAUUUUAUGAUGUUGAAAAAAGAGGAGAAAAAAUAUAUGAAAAAA